AUGUCCCGUGUUUGCGCUAACUGCCGAGUGGUCUGCUUUACCAAUUGCCACUCAUGCCAAAACAAAACCACCAUGGGGUAUCAGGAGUACCUGAAAACAAACAAACACGCCGCCAUCUUGAACACAGUGGUAGCAAUCGAAUUGCCGAUCGGCUUCGUGGGCAUCUUCAACAACCUCAUCUGCCUCUACGUCUUGCUGUGUUAUCGAUUUACACGCCACACAACUCAACGCCUCGUGAUCACGGAAAGCCUUAUUGACAUGCUCAUCGUCUUCACGUGCUUAUUGGUUAGUCUUGAAUGCAAAUCCGCCAUUUUUGAGAUUUCGCUGCCAUGGCAACUGUUCAGCUCAGUUGUUCUGGAGACGUUCUAUCAGGUGAUUGGCUGUUUCCAGUUAUACCGAACGUGGGUGGCCGUAUUGAUUGGACUCGAGCGAUACCUCUUGGUGUGUUGGCCCCUCCUCUUUCGAUCAAGAUGGACUCUUGCCAUGGUGAACGUCCUUCUAGCUGUCAGUGCGGCCCUCGCAUUGACUGUUCGAAGUCCCCUAUUCGUGAAUACACUGCUUGACCUCGAUGCUCGGUGGAUGGGGACGUCGUUAGUGCAUCGAGUCAACGCUCUCUUAGACAUUAUCUUUCAGACAGUACUCCCACUCACCCUGCUCCACCUCAUGUCCUCUUCAGUAAACGUGACCAGCAUGAAAACUAGCCAAUGGCGAGGCAAUACGUGGACCCUCCCAAACACCCCUUCAAAGAGGAAUUACGAGAUAUACAAACGGACCACCAUGAGGAUCAACAGAUCGAUGAAGGUGGUGCGUGUCGUGUACACCAUCCUCAUGCUUCCAGCGUUGCCGUACUCCCUUCUAACACUCACGAGGUGGCAUGAACAUCGCGAUAAUAGCUACUGGGUGGUUGCCGUGGUGAUGAAUGGGACCAAGUCCCUUGCUCACAUCUCCCGUCUACUGAUCUCCACUGCUGACUUCUACAUCUACGUGGCGUGCUGGCCACGAUUCAGACGACUACUUGGAGGGAACUUCAGGGUGAAACGAACCACCAUCAUACGAUUCGCCCUACCGACAAAAUCGCGAACAAGCUGUCGCCAUGACACGGCGAAUGGUAUUUACUCUGCGUCAACUUGA